GCGUUACUCGCUGUGUUGCCGAGUGGCGCCUCUCUGUAGUCUGCAGAUGAUCUGUGGCUUUUGCAGGUUCUAGAGAGCGUCCGGUUUCUCGGUUUCUCUAACAAACACACAGCGGCUCGGUGACCAGCUCACAGCGGGGAGAAGAGGCGAAGGCUGUAGAUUAAAUGCCUCAGGGUUCACUAUGGUGUGUGGAGGAUUUACCUGCUCGAAAAAUGCUCUCUGUGCUCUCAACGUCGUUUACAUGUUGGUGGGACUGCUCCUGAUUGGUGUAGCAGCAUGGGGGAAGGGCUUCGGGAUCGUCUCCAGUAUCCACAUCAUCGGAGGCGUGAUUGCUGUGGGCUUUUUCCUGCUGCUCAUCGCCAUCGUUGGUCUCAUUGGAGCCAUCUAUCACCACCAAGUCAUGCUCUUCUUUUACAUGGUCAUCCUGUUUAUUGUGUUCCUCUUCCAGUUCGGUGUGUCCUGCUCUUGUCUGGCCAUGAACCAGGAUCAGCAGGAGAAGCUGCUGAACUCCACGUGGAGUUUGAUGAGCAAUGCCACCAAGAUAGAGUUGGAGAACAAUCUGGACUGCUGUGGCCUGUUCAACAAUACAGCAAACUACCAGCUGUUUGAAGCUGACUUCGCAAUGUGUAAAGCUAGCUGUGCAAAGACAAGCAAUUGUAAGACGUGUGGUAAUGAAAUGCUGAAGCAUGCAUCCGAGGCCUUGAGGAUUCUCGGAGGUGUGGGUCUCUUCUUCAGCUUCACCGAGAUUUUAGGAGUCUGGCUGGCCAUGCGCUACAGGAACCAGAAAGACCCUCGUGCAAACCCCAGCGCAUUCUUAUAGUCCCCAACCUCCUCCUUGUCCCACAGUGCAGCAGCGUAGACGAGCAAUUCCUCUUCCCUUUGCACACCCGGUGGCACUUGGGCCUUCAGCGUGGACUUCAGACUGAACGCUGACUUGCUGCUCUCUACACACCAUCUCACUGAUUUUAUGGCACCGAGAGCUCAAGAGUCCAUUUAAAGAAAAUUCUCUCUUCUCUCUAAAAAUCUGGUCUUUUUUUUUUUUUUUUUUUUGGUUUCAUUGCGAGAGCAAAAUCUGGACGUUUCAUGAAUGAUAGGAUGAUGCUUGGUAAUUCUGUCUCGAUUUCCAGUCAUACGGCGCGACCUACAUCGUAACCUACAUCGUUUGAGAAAAAGUCUCCUGGAUGGAGUUUCAGCAGCGAUAUCUGCAUGUUCAUGGUCAUUAUUACAGCUGCACCACUUCGUGCUCCAUACUGUUUUACCAUUGUGGGCUUUUAGUGUCAGUGAAGCAGGUAGUUUCUAGCCUUUUUUUUUACAUGAGCUGAUCAUGGUGUGACAUCUGUGAUUGAUACAUGGUAAACUUUAUUUCUUCUUCAUUAAAAUGAUGCUUCUUGUUCCAGCUGUGCGAUAUGAGAGCGCUAGCUGAGGUAUUAGGAUUUUAGUUCAAUACGUUGUGUAACUGUGCCAUGCACAAGCCAGCAGGCUGCAGCCCUGACGUGUAAAUACACGUGUCUUUGUGAUGCGUCGCUUUGCUCACACGCACUUCGUUUGCUUUGCGCCGACAUACAACCAGCACUGGAACAUUUACAUCCUCGUGUUUCUUGGUAUUGCUCUAAAAUAUUGUGUUUUGCAAUGUAGUCAAAUACAGGCUUGCUUUUUUUUUUUUUUUUUUUUUUUUGCUGUAACCUGUGGCCAAUGUUCUUCCAGUGCCAUCACUUUAUUCCAGGUAUCUCGUUCGCUUGUCGUUUUUUCCCCCCCAACUGUUUUGUUAAGUUCUCAGUGACACCUGCAUAGUUAUAAGCUUUAGUUCAACACCUUUGUUAUUGUUAUUUUUUUUUUUUUGAGAAAGGUACUGAUCGGCUCUCACUAUCACUUUUAUGCCUCCGCCACUAGAUGGCGCACAGGUUUGUUGGCGGCGUAGGUUCCUACUUUAAUGCUUUUUUUUUUUUUUUUUUCCUUGCAAUCUUUUGCAUUUAAAAGUAUUAAAUUAAGGCCAUUCAGGUUUGUUUAAAUGUAAGUUAUUUGUAUGUACUGUGUUCUAAAUAAUAAUUUGCUCAUCUUACUUUCUCUUUCCUAUUCUUCACACUUUCAGUCUUAACUCUUGUUAUUAUAUUGAUUCAGUCUAGGUUGUAGUUUCCGGAGCAAGUGCACAUCACUUUUUCUUCUCCAGUCUCAUCUUUAAGUAUCAUUUCAUUUCUGAUCAAUAGGAUGCACUGAAUUUUCACAUUGCAUAUUAAUAUUAUUGUGUCUGUGUGCUAAAGGUCAUUAGAGUAAUAAUAUUGUGGCUGUGGCCAAAAUAUGCAGAAUGUUUCUGUUGGCGUUUAUUAUUUUUCUUUUAAUUUAUUGCCUUUAUAUGAGCAGGCCACAUUUCUCUCAUUAUUCUCACAACUCUGUAUGAACCUGCAGCUCUUUAUCCUGGAUGUUCGUUGUAUUUUUGAACCUGAUUUAUUUUUUUUUUUCCCCUCAAUUAAAGUAUCUUGGAGCAAAAUGAGGAAAA